UAUAAUUAACUCGUUUUAGAUUCUGAAAACAGCAAUGGGUUACCUUUCAGUUUUACUAACAGUGGCGAGCAGCGAUCAGGUCACCUCGUUAGAGUGACUCCUCUAGUCUAUAAUGAGUAUUCAUCUUAAAAUAUCGAAUGAAACAUUUACAGUAGUUAUGUCACACCAUAAUGUUACUAUUGAACGUUCACCGAAUCCCCACGUGCACAGUCUAGCAUUAAACGUUUUUCACAAAUUUCAGCCUCAGAUUAUUUAAUGCACUAUCCCUUAAUAUAAUUAACUAAUAAAUUUCUUUAAUACUAACGUGGUAAAAAUAAUCUACUUAGCAACAAACGUAAUAUAUUUUUACAAAUUGCUUCUGCAAGUCUACAUUCUUCUGCACCUACAAAGUGCACUCAUAAAUAAAUAUUUAUCCAGAUAAAAUUUAGCCAAGGAGUAAAGAACAAAGCUAUCGUAUUCUCGAUCAGAUAAAUAAUUCGAGAAUCGAUGAUAGACUGCAAUCGCAUGUUCAAACGUGUAACUUGAUGUCGAUGAAUAAUUGAAUCUAUUGCGUGUUUCGAAUGCGCGAACGGAGCAUGAGUUCAGAGCAAAGAACAUCUUCGAAAAAAGACAGUUAGACAGUUUAUAGAAACAAGCUAUAAUGAAAGUCUCGGUGGAUACUGAAGCCGGUAAUUUGUUAUAUUAAUGAAUAAGAAUCGAGUAUUAACUUAUACGCUACUAGUGUACAAUGUUUCACGCUAACUUGUUUUACAUGGUAGACUUAAAGUACGUGUACGGUUGGAAUCAGUAUACGAUGAAGUUUCUUGGUAUAUGGCCAGAAGAGAGAAAAUGGAAUCGACCCUCAAGCUAUCUGGUAUUUGUAUCAGUCUUAAUGAUGUCGUGCUUCAUUACUAUUCCACAGACGAUUAAUUUUCCAUUGAUUUGGGGUGACAUGGACUUGGUGGUCGAAAAUUUAUCAAUGGCGAAUGUCACAUUCACGAUUUGCAUUCUGAAAGCCAUCGCCUUCUGGAACAAUGGAAAAUCGUUGAAGUCUCUGCUAGAGUGCAUGGCCAUAGACUGGAGCACAACAAAGUCACCAGAGCAGCGUGAGACGAUGAAAAUAAUCGCGAAAACCACUAGAACAAUGGUAAUGAGAAGCACCAUAAUGUGCAGCACAGUGGUGUUUGUCUACGUCUUUCUCCGAUGUUUGACAAUGAAGUACAACGACAGCAAAUUGUUCUUCCGUGCCUAUUUCCCAUACGACGUCAACGUCAGCCCGAAUUUUCAGUUGACCAUGUUCGCCCAGUUCGUGGCCGCUAUGUACGGAGCGAUCACUUAUACAGCGGUCGACACUUUCGUCGCUAUGCUGAUAUUGCACGUUUGUGGACAGUUGGAGAACUUGCAUGGAGAUAUUAAGAGACUUUUGUCGUCUCAGGAGAAACAUUUCGAAGUGGAAGUGGGGAAAAUUGUUCGGAAACACGAGUAUCUGAAUAGAUUUGCAGUAACGAUAAAAGAUUGUUUCAACAUGAUGCUCCUAUUUCAAAUGAUUGGGUGUACAACUCAAUUAUGCUUUCAAUGUUUCCAAGUUAUCAUGUCGUUUGACGUUCAAGAAAAGGAGUAUCUGAUCAUACAAAUUAGUUUUCUGAUGAUUUAUGUGAUUUAUGUAAUGUUGCAUCUGUACUUGUACUGUUACGUCGGUGAGAAGCUUAGAGCUGAGAGUCUGGAUAUAGCUAAUGCAGUAUACAAUUCCAAUUGGUAUAAUUUACCAGCGAAAAAUGCGAAACUGCUUAUACUGAUCAUAUGUCGAUCAAAAAAUCCAUUGCAAAUCACUGCAGGAGGAUUUUGCUCCUUCACGUUGGAACUCUACUCCCAGGUGCGUAAUUGAUAUACGAAAAAUUCAUAUUUUUGAGCCACCUUCGUGUUGCAGAUUUUGAAAACCUCCAUGGGUUAUAUUUCCGUUCUGUACGCGAUGAAAGAAAAAUAGAUAAAAUUGCAGACUUCGAUUCUUUAAAUUGUACAGAAGCUACUUCGUAUUAAAAUGUAUAUUCGAAAGUAUAGAUGUUUCUAUAACUCUGUAUCUUUCAAAAAAUUGAAUAGGUAAAGGGAGAAAUUCGACAAUGGGGAAAGUAAUAAAAGUGUAGAUUCUU